CCGAAAAUCACACAGGUAUAUUCAGGCUCGCUGUAUGGUUUCUUUUAUCGUCGGCCUUGCGCAGAGGUACACGACUACACAAUUGGAAUUGUUGGAACCGAUCGUAACUGAUUUCAUGACUUCUACUAACUCGUACUGAAUAAAUUAUACAGUAGAUAAUUAUGGAGCGCGUUUUAUGGGAUUUUUAACUUGAUAUUUUUUCCUAUUAGUGUCUAAUAUUUUAUUUGCUGUUAAGCCGAUUGCGGCAUGCAACGAUCCGAAAACACCUGAUCUCAUUGUUAUCUACAGCAGAAGGAAUCGAUAUUUGAUUAUGAUUGCUGUAGAGGAAUAAAAUUCAUACGCAUGUGCGCAGCUUUAUCCGCGAUGCUGUGCUGUUGACGAGAUGGGUCUACUGCAGUUUUUCAAUGUACCGCGAUAAUAAUAGGCCCAACUCAUACGCAACAUCCGUGCAAUUAUAUAUGGAUUGGUAAAUCCAGAAGAGCACCUGUAUGCACAUCUUCGCGCUUAUGGGUGUUUUUGCCUACACCGGUUCCUUGUGAUUAUUUCCAUUUGAUCGCCGCAACGUCUACUGGUAAACAUGGCCUACAAGGAGCAGGAAACAUCAAUAGCAGUCAACGCGCAGCGCAAGAAACAACGGCGAUGUGGAGCUCCUGCUGUGAUAUACGAGGAGCCUGAUCUGGCAUGCGGAAUGAUUGGCUACAAACCACCAUGGCUGCAACUGUGCAAUAACAUAAAGGUUUUUCUAAUCGUAUACGUAUGUCUCGGAAUUUUCAAAGGUACCGUAAUUUCGUAUUUUGGAGCUGUCCUUCCGUCAAUGGAGAGGCGCUUUGGAUUCAAAUCGACAUCGAUUGGGAUUGCAAAAGCAAUGCGCGACGUCAGCGAAAUAUGCGUGGCGCUGCUUAUCGGUCAUUUCGGCGGAGCCGGCCACCGACCGCGAUGGAUCGCUGGUGGAUCGUUUCUUGUCGGGCUGGGAUUCCUUUUGCUAGCCUCAACGGAGAUCAUGUUUCCCGUCACCGAGAACUCCCUCAUGGCGACCACUGUUCUGGAAACCGCCGCCAGUGAUAAAUUCUGCAUGGCCGACAAUGUGACAACCGUGGCGAAGCACAACGACACAUGCGGAAAAAACGCUCGUUUGAACCACCAGUGGAUGCAUGAUGGUGCACUCAGUGUGCUCAGUGUUGCCGAAUUUCUGAUUGGUCUGGGUACGGCGGCCACGAUUAUUCUGGGCACGCCAUUCGUCGAUGAUAACGUGAAGGCGUCCAAUGCACCAAUUUACUACGCCAUCUCCUUUUCCGGACAAAUUUUCGGGCCUUUAUUAGGCCUUGGAUUGGCUGCUGUUUUCAAUACCAUUUUCUUCAAUUUUUCAAAGCCGGAUUUGCUGUCAUCAGAUCCGCGUUGGAUUUCGGCCUGGUUUUUAGGCUUUAUUGUCAGCGGGGUAGGAACGUGCAUCUUUGCUGUUAUUCUGAGUUGUUUUCCGUCUGCUAUUCCGAGGAAGGGCGGAAAAAACAAACCUAACGAUAACGAAGAAGCCAGCCAGAACAUAAAACCUAUUGAUCGCCCAAAGCAAGUGCCUGUCACAUUUGCCGAUUUGCCAAAAAACUUGAUGCGUUUAGGAAAGAAUACGACUUAUUUGUUGAAGCUUACCAGUCAGUUGAUAAAUGGGUUCGUUCUAUCAGGAUUCUUACAGUUUGGCCAAAAGUUUAUGAAAGAGCAAUAUCAACUGUCGCAAUCAGCCGUAAACUUACAAGGAGGGUUACCGCCGAUUUUUGGGGGCUUUAUUGGCACAGUAUUAGGAGGUUACGUUGUUAAGCGAUUCCAAUUGGCACCGCGCCAUAUCUGCUAUUUGAUGGCCGUAUCAUCCAUUGUUGGGGCCGCUUGCUAUUUCGGCGCUGUCGGACUCGGCUGCGACCGUCAACAAAUUGUCGGCAUAGAUGAUGUCCCGAACCCAUACAAUAUAAGCAACAGUGACCUUUGCUCUGUGUACCAAGGGUGCAACUGUAAGGACUACGAAUUUGAUCCUGUUUGUGAUUAUUCCACUCGAACAACGAUUGUCAACUCUUGUGUGGCUGGAUGCAAGGCUUCCCAGAAAAUAAACGCAACGACAUAUUACUUCGAAUGUUCUUGCACUGGCAAUGACACCCACUCCAACGAAAGCUUGCUAUAUCAGUUAUCUCAUCGCAAGGAAGGCCGCUUCAAAUCGCGGCACUUAUCAUCUGUACGGGAUGGGAUAUGCCCGGUUAAAUGUCCCAACUUCGUCAUUUAUGUCGCCUUGAUGAGCGUGGCAAAGUUGGCGAUGGGAAUACCUAUGGCGGGAAUGGUAAUGCUACAGUUCAGAAUUGUGGAUUACGAUUUAAAAAGUUUGGCAAAUUCUGUGUCUUCGCUCCUGUUGACUCUCUUCGGCUUCUUACCGGCUCCGAUAAUUUUUGGAAAGCUGAUUGAUUCCUCCUGUCAUUUGUGGCAGACAGACUCUUGUGGGACCCAAGGAGCGUGCUGGUUGUACCGUGUCGGCGACUUCCGAUGGAAAUUACAUACUGGCAUAGGAGUGUGUCGCUUGAUUAACUUGGUGGUCGAUCUAAUGAUAGCUUACCGGGUCCGCAAUCUAUCCUUCGAUCGUGAUAAAAAUGAGACCGAGCUUGACAAGCCCGUGUCUACAUUGUCUAUGGUUCAAAUGGGCGGCAAUGGGAUUGAAUCGGAACAAAAAGGAUCAGUGCCACAAAAAGAAUUCACAACUGCGCCUCUUUGUGAUAAUCGAUCUCAACUGUGAUUUUCUUACCAAAGUUUCUAGAUGGUUUUUAUAAUGCUAAAGUAAUUUAUUUCCAAGUGCAGUAUCUGUUGCACAACGAUGAUGCAAGAAGUGGAAUCGUAUGUUUUGAUUUUUUCUUCAGUAUUUUGCGCCUUUUUGAACUAUAUAAUUAUACACCACUGUAGCUCAAAUUACGAAUAGUUUUUGUGAUGUGUUGAAACCCGAUAUCCUUAUUACGCAAGUAUUACCACCAGUAUCCUCAGCGAGAUGCUAUAAUUAUAGGCCAGUAAAUUUGACUGGUAUUUUGAAGUAAGAAAAAUGUUUAGGACAGAUCAGUUUGCU